CUUACAUCACAAACUAACACACAUUAAAUGAAAUGCAAGCAACUGAGACAAAAGUUCACGCCACUGCUUCAAACCUCAGCAUCUGGGGUCGUCUGUUGGAUGCCUGAAUUUCUUUUGGAUGUGAGGACUAACCCUGAAUGAAUCAUGUCAGACAGCAUAAUGGAAGAAAUCUUCAUUAAACGCUCUCAGCAGAAGAAGAAAACCUCGCCUUUGAAUUACAAGGAGCGAUGGUUUGUUCUCACCCAGGAAAAAAUAGCCUACUAUGAUUUUGAUCCUGAGAAAGGGAAGCGAAAAGGUCUGAGAGGAUCAGUCGACCUUGACAAGAUCAAGUGUGUGGAGACGGUUCAGCCAGAGCCCAACGCCCCACAGGAGCGCAUGUACGCAUUCCAGAUCAUUUAUGAUGAGGGGCCGCUGUACAUCUUUGCAAAGUCUGAGGAUGUCCGGGCGCAGUGGAUAAAGAAGCUGAAAGAAAUGGUGCGCUUCAACAAGGACCUCCUGCAGAAGUAUCAUCCUUGUUCAUGGAUGGAUGGGGUGUGGCUGUGCUGCCAUCAGGAAGUUAAACAAGCCAUGGGCUGCAAGGUGCUGGACAACAAAAAUGGAUUUACAUCAAAGCAGUCACGACGAAGAGGCUCCAGGAAACCUCUUCCUCCUACCCCAACAGAGGAGAAACCUGCUCGGCCGUUACCCCCAGAGCCUCCGGAACCUUCUGGCCCCUCUGUGGGCAUGACAGUCAUAGCAGAGUACAGCUACACACCCAUGACACCCCAGGAUCUGGAGCUGAGGAAGGAUGAGGAAUACACCAUCCUGGAGAUGUCUGAUCCCAACUGGUGGAGAGCCAAAGACAAAUAUGGAAAGGAGGGAUAUAUACCAAGUAAUUACGUUGUGGAAGCACAAAGUGGACUAGAAAAAUUCGACUGGUAUUGUAAGAAUAUGAACCGUAGCCAGGCAGAAAAGCUGUUAAAAACUGAGAAUAAAGAUGGAGGCUUCUUGGUUCGGGACUCCAGCAAGGCUGGGAAAUACACGGUGUCUUUGUUCAGUAAGGUUGGUGGGGAAACUGCUGGAAGCUGCAGACAUUAUAACAUCUGCACCACCUCACAGAACCAGUUUUACCUGGCAGAGAAGCAUAAUUUCAGCAGCAUCCCAGAGCUCAUCAACUACCACCAGCACAACGCUGCAGGUAUGGUUAGCAGGCUGAAAUACAUUGUGACCAACAGAGCACGGCCUCCAUCAACAGCAGGGCUUGGCUAUGGUGUUUGGGAGAUUGACCCUCGCUACCUCACCUUCAUCAAGGAGCUGGGCACUGGUCAGUUUGGCGUGGUCAAGUAUGGGAAGUGGCAGGGCCAGCAUGACGUCGCCAUCAAGAUGAUCAAGGAGGGCUCUAUGUCUGAAGAUGAUUUCAUUGAAGAAGCAAAGAUCAUGAUGAAGCUUCGUCAUGAGAACUUGGUCCAGCUUUAUGGCGUGUGCACCAAACAAAGACCCAUUUACAUUGUGACUGAGUUCCUCUCCAAUGGUUGCCUGCUGACGUACCUCAGGGAGGGCCUGAAGCAGCACCCGACAGUCGUGCAGCUCCUGGAGAUGUGUAAGGAUGUCUCUGAGGGCAUGGCGUACCUCGAGUCCAAGCAGUACAUCCACAGAGACCUGGCUGCCAGGAACUGUUUAGUUGACGGCAAUGGCACCGUGAAAGUGACUGACUUUGGCCUUUCCAGGGGUCGGGGGGCUGGAGACUAUCCCAACUGUCAUAGGGCAAGAGGCAGUUUACACCCUGGACUUGUCACCAGUCAAUCACAGAGCUGACAUAUAGAGAAAAACAACCAGUCAUGCUCACACUCACGCUGACGGGCAAUUUAGAGUUCCCAGUUAACCUAAUGAGCAUGUCUUUGGUGGUGGGAGAAAGCCAGGGUACCCCGAGAGGACCCACACAUGCCCAGGGAGAACAUGCAAACUCUGCACAGAAAGGCUCUGGUGGGAAGUGAACCAGGAUCGUUCUUAUACUAAUCCCUGCACUGCCAUGCAGCCCUCAAUUCAAUUCAUUUGUCAAAUGCAUUAAAAAGCACAGUCAAUGCAAUUUGACUGUAACAAAUUACUUUCACUGAGUAAAUGUAUUUGCAAAAAUAAUCUAAUUGCAAUCUUUUUACCCAAUAUUGUGUUUUAAUUUGCGGUUAUUAUUAGGUUCCUCAUCUUAUGUAUUUUUCAACAAAUUCAACCAAUAAAUUUAUAUAUUUCUAUAUCAUUACCUACAAGCAGUCAAGAACACUCAUCAUGCAUUAAACCAUUUUAUUACAAAAUGGAUAUGUAGUUUUACUUGGCGGAGAAGGCUCUGAUCAAGAGAUGCUCUCUGGGUUAGUCAAGCAGCAUGCUUUGGCUUCCCAGGAAAGGGACUGCAUAGCUAGAAACUCCCAUAGGGAUAGAUACAUUCAUGAUAAUGUUUACUGAAAACAAUGAAAUUAUUUCAGAAGUAGCUAAUUAAUCCAUAGUAGCAUGAAUCUGAAUAUGAGGGUGCAACAAACUUUAUGCUAUAAAGGAGGUGGCCGGGGUGGAGGAGGUGA